UGGACGAUACAAAUGAAAAAACUUUUUUUGCAUUCAAGCCGAUUUUUUCGUCAAUUCGUGAAAUAAUUUUACACCAUGCAUUAACAAACAGAAGUUACAGGUUGCCACAUGACAUGAUAUGUCUACAGUUUUGUGCCAUUAACUAACAGAUAUUACAGGUUGCCAAAAAUGACAUGGUGGGGGCCUCUGUGGCUCAGUUGGUUACCCAGCAGCCUCUCACUAAUGCGGUCGCUGUGGGUUCAGGACGAGCUCAUCCUGGCCUCCUCUCGGCCGUAUGUGGGAAGGUCUUCCAGCAACCUGCGGAUGGUCGUGGGUUUUCCCCGGGCUCUGCCUGGUUUCCUCUCACCAUAAUGCUGGCCGCCGUCGAAUCAGUGAAAUAUUCUUGAUUACGGCGUUACACACCAAUAAAAUAAAUAAAUCAAUGACAUGGUAGGGCAACAGUUUUAUAACAUUAGCAAACAGAAGUUACAAGUUGCCAAAGGUUACAGGUGGAAGGCCUAUAUUGGUAAAUUCUUCAAACGAAGUCUUCCCAGUACAUAUUCAAGGCACAUAUUUUUUGGCCGGAACAAAGAUCCACAUUAUCCAGCUCUGUACAAAAAAAACAAGAAAAAGAAAACAAACAAGAAACCCGACAAAUCCUCUGGAUCCGAUAUUUCUCAGUGUUUGUAUUGUGGAGGAACUGUCAGUCAGUCCGUCCAAAUCAGGAGAGCAAUGGAUUCAGUGUAACCAAAACGAAAUGUGGGCACAUGAAAAAUAUUCGGCAGUGCAAUCCGAGGGGUCUUUCAACAAAAACCACGCGGUUGCCAGGCUGUCGGAAGAGGUUUUGCGAAUUGAAGCAAUUAGUAUAUUUUGUACAUCUUGUUUAAUCUAUUCUUUAAUUCUUUGAGAAAUUUUUUUAUUCAUCAGUGUUGAUUAUGGGUUCACCACUACGUCAUUAUAUUGGUGAGACUGAUCCUAAACAAUUAUCCAGUAUGCAUGUCAAAAGGUCUAACUUGCCUAAUAUAGUGGCAGUGAUAAUUGUGUACAUGAUUCUCUUCACUGUGAGGAGUAUGUAAUCAAACAUGGCGGUUGGAGUUAGAAUUUAUCGAGUUUCCACUAGUUCCAUGCGUGUGUGGAUUUAUCAGUGAUGACACAUGUGAACACCUACCUGGAAUCGACAGCUGAGACGACUAUGACUACGGACAGACAAAUCAUUUGGUGCCCAGCGGUAGAAUAUUAAAGCCAGUGAGGGAAGUACAGAGGUGUUCAAGAGCUCUGACUUCGCUACCUGUGUUUGACUGGGGAUUAUUGAUCAAACCUGGGCUCUCUGUCUACUCCCGAGACCAUAAUUCGCAGUUUCCAGUACUCACAAAAUGAGGACUCAUCUGUACUGCCUUCUCCACUUCACCAUCACUGCAUCAUUACUCUUCUACACGGAUGGGAUGAAUGCAGACUGCAGCGAUUCUAGAUCCUCCAACAUUUCUACUCAUCCUCAGUUUAAACUGAAACCCAGCAAUAUCAGCGCUCACGUUGGAGAUAUGGUCACUUUGCACUGUGAGGGGAAAUUUGCUGUGGACAUUGCAGCAGUUCACUGGCUUGUUAACAGCACAAUGCCACUGAACGUCAUGUGUUGGGAAAUGAAGACAGAGGUCUGUUACAGAUAUCAACAGACACCAUAUCCCAAUAACAGAGGUGCUAACUUGACAGUGAAUGUGACAGAAGAUGAUUUUUACCUACCACUGAGUUGUCGUGUAUAUACUGCUCAGAUUGAUGCUGUUUUGCCCUGUGUGACAGUAUACAUUGUCCCUUAUCCGCCUGAUGAGAAGCGAGACAUUGGCCUGCUAUUACCCAUUGUCGUACCAGUAGCUGUGAUAAUACUCCUUCUGCUCACCUGCCUGUGUUAUUACUUGUAUGAACCACAGAUCACCUUCUUCUUCUACACGUGGUACACAUUUAAAUGUCAAAAGCAUCACAAAGGUCGUUUUGGCUGUGACAUACUGGUGGUGCAUGAUGACGAUGAUCAUACGUUUGUCAGAGAACAUAUUGCCCCAAAUCUGAAGAGUUUAGCCUACCUGAAGUACAAGACAAUGGCCAAGGAUCUCUCUGCUGGACGAUUUCUCUUCGAGGGCACACGGGAACUAAUGGAAGACUCGCACAGUGUAAUGUUCAUCAUUACCCCGGGGAUACUGAACGAGGCCCUGUUUAGUCACCUCCUCAAUGUGGCUGUCAGGUUAAAGCGACAGAUUCUACUGGUCACUGUACACAAGGAAGGCUUAAAGUUAACAUCCUGGGAGACAUUGAGGAAGUCCUACAGCAAGUCUGAAACGCUGGCCAAUGGCCUUCAGUACAUGAAACCUGUGAGGUGGCCCGGGAACAAAGCCUCUGGCAGACAAAUAAAAAACUUUUGGUGUAAGAUCCGUCGGCAGCUGCCCAUUGUAAAACCUGGGAACCAUGUUGUCAGCCAUAAGUACACACCAUGUCUCAAUAGAGAUACAUUUGUAGAUGUGUCCAAACCUGACCUUGACACUGUCACAGCCUAGGUCUGACCUUGACAUUGUGACUGUGUAUGAAUACUGGAGUGUCACAAUUUGUAGAUGUCAUCUUGUAAAUCAUAUAUUAUAACAUGAUACAUUGUAAAUCAUAUAUUGUAACAUGAUACAUUGCAUAUCAGUAUAUUGUAACAUGAUACAUUGUAAAUCAUGUAUUGUUGAUUUAAAGCUGUACAUUGUAGAGUUUACAUCAUUACACAGUGAACAGCCACUUAAUUGUGACAUACACUGUAACCUGAAUACCACAAGACGGAUGUAAACCAUUUGACAGUGUCAUAUGGUGUAAUAAUGAACAACAGCUCGCUGAUGUGAAACAUUUGACAGUGUCAUAUUGUGUAUCAUGAACAUCAACACACUGAUGUAAAGCCAUUUGACUGUGUAAUAUGAUGUAUCAUGAACAUCAGUGCACUGAUGUAAACCAUUUGACAGUGUCAUAUGGUGUAUCAUGAAAAUCAGCGCACCGAUGUAAAGCCAUUUGACAGUGUCAUAUGGUGUAGCCUGAACAUCAGCGCAUUGAUGUAAAGCCAUUUGACAGUGUCAUAUGGUGUAUCAUGAACAUCAGCGCACCGAUGUAAACCAUUUGACAGUGUCAUAUGGUGUAUCAUGAACAUCAACGCACCGAUGUAAAGCCAUUUGACAGUGUCAUAUGGUGUAUUAUGAACAUCACUGCAGUGAUGUAAAGCCAUUUGACAGUGUCAUAUGGUGUAUCAUGAACAUCAG